AUGGAAAAGUACGAGAAACUGGAGAAGGUGGGAGAAGGAACGUACGGGACGGUGUACAAAGCUAAAGACAAGGAGAGCGGCGAAGUCGUCGCCCUCAAGAAAACCCGUCUCGAAAUGGACGAAGAAGGCGUUCCCCCGACGGCGCUCCGCGAAGUCUCCUUGCUCCAAAUGCUCUCCCAAUCUCUCUACGUCGUCCGCCUCCUCUGCGUCGAACACUCCCUCAACAAACACGGCAAGCCUCUCCUCUACCUCGUCUUCGAGUACCUCGAAACCGAUCUCAAGAAGUUCAUCGAUUCUCAUCGCAAGUGCGCCAAUCCUCGGCCUCUCCCUCCUUCCCUUGUUCAGAGUUUCCUAUACCAGCUCUGCAAGGGCGUCGCUCACUGA